GGCUGACGUCAGCGUGAGCGCGGUAUAUUCGAGCUCGUCGGUCUGUCGCUGUGGUGAGAGUUUUCCAGUAAGUAAUGGACAUUUCUGACCAUCACAUGACUGAUGUUGGCACAGUCCGUCCUGACGUGCACAUAGAGGUUCAUGUCAAAUCUCAGAGCACAGCGAAGCGCUCUGACGUGAGGACGCAUGUGUUGUCGCUGCUGGACCGACACAGCACAGUUUUAAGGUCCUUCAAGUGGACGGAUUUUGAUGAUGAGUUUCUUACCAAAAAUGUGGAGUCAGUCACUAUAGCAGACGUAACUGGUCCGAAACUUGUGGAUCUGAAGGUUCACAACCUCUGCAUCCAUAUUUUCACUCUGAAUGAUGACAGUCCGAGCACGCUCAAUCUGGAGGAGGAGGAGGAGCUUUCUGCUGCCAAUCUUUGGCUCCUCCCAGCAGUUGAAUUUCAUGGCGUUUGGGAAAGCUUGAUUUAUGAAGAAGGCAUCAAAACACAACUCUUGGAUUACGUUUCCACAACAAUUUUCUUCUCUGACAAAAAUGUGGACAGCAAUUUGAUCGCCUGGAAUCGUGUCGUGUUGCUUCACGGGCCACCUGGCACAGGGAAGACGUCUCUCUGUAAAGGACUUGCCCAGAAACUCUCCAUCAGACUGUCUGACAGGUAUGCGCACAGCCAGUUUGUGGAGAUCAACAGCCACAGUCUCUUCUCCAAAUGGUUCUCGGAGAGUGGAAAACUGGUGACAAAGAUGUUCCAGAAGAUUCAGGAGCUCAUUGAUGAUAAAGACGCCCUGGUGUUCGUCCUAAUAGACGAGGUGGAGAGUCUCACAGCGGCCCGAAGUGCUGCUCAGGCAGGAACGGAGCCGUCUGACGCUAUUAGGGUGGUCAAUUCUGUCCUGACCCAACUCGACCAGAUCAAACGCCACCCAAAUGUGGUCAUCCUCACGACAUCCAACGUCACAGAAAAGAUUGAUCUGGCGUUUGUGGACAGAGCUGACAUAAAGCAGUACAUCGGCCCACCGAGCGCCAAAGCCAUAUUCAACAUCUAUCUGUCCAGUCUGGAGGAGCUCAUGAAGCGUCAAAUCAUCUACCCCAGACAGCAGCUGGUGAGCCUGGAGGAACUGGAAACCAUGAACUUCAUGGAGAGUGACGUGACCCGCCUGAGCUUAUGCCUGAUGAACAUCUCUCAGAGGAGUGUAGGACUCAGUGGAAGAGCCUUGAGGAAAAUCCCAUUUCUGGCUCAUGCGCUCUAUGGAAAGACCUCUACAAUGACGCUGAAGGGUUUUCUGACAGCGAUGGAGCGCGCUGUGGACAAACAGAGGCAGGAACAGGCGAGUUUGAUCAACUGUGUCUGAGCUAAAUCACACUGAUGUUCUGCUGUUGCAUCCGAACUGUUUCUUGUUCAGUUUUUUCCUCAGUAUUUCUGGUCCGUUCACCACCGUUCACCUGUUUCUGCUAUACUAACAAACCAGUGCUGUUUUAUUUCACAUCAAAACAGCACUUAUCCACAUCACACUGUUGUUUUCUAGGAGACUUUUGUCAGUUCACUAUUCAUGAGCUGCAGUUUCAGUGUCUGACUUUGGCAAAUGCACUGCUGUUUGCAUAUCAAGCAAUGUUCUUUUUAUGUUUAGGGUUUUAUAUGUGUGUAUAUAUUUAAAUAACCUGAUUAAAAU